AUGGCGGAUUUCCAGACAUCAACGCAACGGGCCAAGUGGAUUUUCACUCCCCACAAACUGGCAGAGAGAUACAAAGCUGCUAACCAGAGGGCAGUGCAAAUGCUGGAGAAGUGUGGAACAACCCAAGUUGAAGUAGAUGCCAGUGGAUCACUAACAUAUCCUACAGAUAAAAUUGAUUCAGGAGGUCAAGCUGAUAAGAAGCUUAAGCCUUUGAGUGUUGAUGAAGAACGGUUCAUGAGAGCAUUUUAUGAGGCAAAAGUCCAAGAAGUGUGCAGUGCCUUUGAAUUUCCUCACAAGAUUCAGGCAACGGCUCUCCAGUACUUUAAAAGGUUUUAUCUGCAAUGGUCUGUUAUGCAACAUCAUCCAAAAGAAAUAAUGUUAACCUGCGUUUAUGCAGCUUGUAAAAUAGAGGAGAAUCAUGUAUCUGCCGAGGAAAUAGGGAAGGGGAUUAAACAAGAUCACCACAUAAUUCUCAAGUAUGAGAUGGCUGUUCUUCAGAGUUUGGAAUUUGAUCUAAUUGUUUAUGCACCGUAUCGUGCACUCGAAGGUUUUGUCAGUGACAUGGAGGCAUUUCUUCAAGCUGGAGAUGAUGAAACCCAAAAACUAGAGAAUUUGCUGAAAGCGGCGACAGCAGAAGCUGAUAAAGUUAUGCUCACAGAUGCUCCGCUUCUUUUUCCUCCUGGCCAGUUGGCGUUGGCUGCUUUGCGUAUUGCAAAUGGGGUUCUUGGAGUGAUUGACUUUGAUAGGUACCUAGAGAAUAUUGUUUCUCAACCGAACUCUGAGCACACGACUUCAGAGCUCACAAUGUUACUUGAUGACAUAGAAUCUUUGGUAAAGACGUACAAGUUCCCAAGUGAAAAGGACAUGAAGCAUAUCAACCGGAAGCUAAAAUCUUGUCUAGGACACAGUUCUUCACAUGACGAUAGUAAGAAACGGGAGAAGAGAUCAAAGCACAAAUCCCAUAGGAGUUCCAAUGAUACACCAAAAGGAUAG